AUGGACACCUCUUGGAUGGAUCUGAGUCUCGCCACCACGUGGAAAGACAGGUGCGCCAGCCAGCAGUCAUCAAAGUGCCAGGACCCUGCCAUGCCUGCACUGUGGGCCCCCGACUGGCUCAUCGAUACCGAACAAAACUGUCUUGUGCGAGGCGAUGCUUCAAUGAAAUAUGUUGCCCUGAGUUAUCGAUGGGGAGCAUCUGUCUGGUCGAGAGAAGGUCUCGACAAGCUGGAUGAGCUACGAAAGCCUGGAGGCCUGUCCAACAGCUUCAUCGCCAAGAAGCCCAUCAUCAGGGAUGCCAUACAUGUUGUCCAAAACAUCAACGAGCGCUAUCUAUGGGCCGAUGCAGUAUGCAUCAUAUACGAUCACAAGGCUCAUUUGGCAGAACAGCUUCAGCAUAUGGGAGCAAUCUAUGCCUCCGCCAAGCUCACUAUUGUGGCGACCGAUGGCGAUGGCAUGACGGGGAUACCUGGUCUCCAGGGCUGCUCAGUCCCUCGAAAGGUGGAUGGCAUCUUCCCAUGGACAGACAAUCGAGAGAUCUUUGUCAGAGACCUACCUGGUCUGAAUCGCAUAUUUUCUCCCGAAUACUUCAGGAGGGCUUGGACAAUGCAAGAGUACAUUCUCUCUCCAAGGCGCCUCAUCAUUGGGAAUCAGCAGAUUCACUGGACCUGUGGCUGCGGAACAUGGCAUGAGGAUCUUCCACACAAAUGUUCUCCGGUUAAUCAAUCCAGUGAAUCUGUUGUAUUGGCAACAAAAUUUUUGAGAAGACGGCCUGAUUUCAUUGCGUUGGAUUGCCUGUUCCGCUCGUACAAUUACCUGGAUACGACGUACCCCGAAGAUGCUCUACCAGCAAUAUCAGGCCUUCUCAAGCUCAUCAGCCCUUCCUUCGCCAGAGGCUUUUUAUUUGGAUUGCCCAUCAUGUGUUUCGAAGCAUCUCUACUGUGGGGCUCUAAAUUCUGGUACCUCAAUGCUGUGGACGUAGUGUACAAAGGGCUUGAAAGACGUCAAUAUUCCGGCAGGUCUAUUCUUCCAGAUGCCGAACUGCCUUCGUGGACUUGGCUUGGAUGGAACAGUGAUUACUUGAGUUUCAUGCAGGAUGAAGAGGAUUUCCAAGUGACCCCCUACUCGGUUCUGACCUCGCCAGACCUCCCAAGAGCAGAGAAAUGGAUCACGCUGCCAACCACUCAAUGGUAUUCCCAAGACACUCCAACAUCCAGCACUAGGCGCCGCAUCAGAUCUUCCUGGUUCAAACCAUACAAUGAUGAUCUCCUCGAUGCACGAGAUCUUCCCGCGGGCUGGACAGUGGGAUUAUACCCUGCUGCCUACGGCCCGGGUGCACCCACCGUCCGCAGUGUCCCUUUCGGCCUCACCGGGAGAUACGUUUAUCAACACCCUGAAUUCCCCAACUGUUUGUUCUGGCGCCCGUUCCCAGUUUCCGCCGAUCGGGAGUUUAGGCCAAUGAGGCAAGCCAAAUUCCUAUCCUGCAAAACGAAGCGAGGCUUUUUCCGAUGCGUGCGACAGACAGGUUGCGCAGCGGAAGCUGGUGGUAUGGACUAUCAUCUCCAACUAUUCGACAAUGACAACAACCCUUGUGGUUGGGUCCAGCUCCCGCGUGCGGAUGCGGCAUUGCCUAGUCUUUCCAGAGAAGCCAGUCCUUCGUCAGACGCUUCAUUUUCUGGCAACAGUGUGUCGCAGACUCAUGAAGUUGUUGAGCUUGUGCUGGUUUGUCAUCGUUUAUACUCGGUGAGCUUCAAUCAACAACGUCUUCAGUGGCUCGAUCGGCGAUCCUAUCGGCCUUUUUGUGGUGUCCUUUGUGUUGAGUGGGUAAACGGCGUAGCAUAUCGUAAAGGGUACGGGUAUGUUACAAGGAGGGCUUGGGAUCAACACAACGUUGAAGGUAUAAACUUAGUGUUGGGAUGA